AACCCGCACGCCCAGAACUGAGAUGGUGGAGAUAGCACUCAGCAAGCUGUUUUUGUUGCUGGCGGCCGCCCAGGCCCCGACCCAGACCCGCGCGGGUGAAAGCGGGAUAGGGAGGGAAACGGCGUCUGCGGGGAGAGCGGGGGCGGCACCGGGGAAGCCUCGUCCCCGCAUCGCCCGGCCAGACCCUCCCGCCCCUUCCCCUCCCGCGUCCCGAGCCCCGCGCCCCGCUCGCGGCCGCGCACCUGCCCGGGGUCCCGGGAGGAGGUCGGGGUCUCACCAGGCGCCGCCCCCAGGCUCGCACUCGCUGCGGUAUUUCCUCACCAUCACGUCCAGGCCCGGCCUCCGGGAGCCCCGGUUCAUUGUCGUCGGUUACGUGGAUGACACGGAGUUCGUGCGCUUCGACAGCGACGCCGAGGAUCCGAGGAUGGAGCCGCGGGCGCCGUGGAUGCAGCGGGAGGCGCCGGAUUAUUGGGAGAGGGAGACGCAGACCGCUAGGAGCUGGCAGCUGAUUUUCCGAGUGAACCUGAGGACCUUGCUCGGCUACUACAACCAGAGCGAGGGCGGCUCUCGUACCUUCCAGUGGAUGUAUGGUUGUCACGUGGAGUCUGAUGGGCGCCUAGUCCGCGGGUAUCAACAGUUCGCCUACAAUGGCGAGGAUUACAUCUCCCUGAACGACGACCUGAGGACGUGGACGGCGGCGGACAGAGCAGCGCAGAUCACCCUGGUCAAGUGGGAGCAGACUAAUGAGGCAAAAAAACGGAGAGCCUACCUGCAGGGCACAUGUGUGGAGUCGCUUCGCAGAUACCUGGAGCACGGAAAGGAGCAGCUGCUAUGCCCAGAUCCCCCAAAGGCACAUGUGACCCAUCAUCUUGGACCUAAAGGUGAUGUCACCCUGAGGUGCUGGGCCCUGGGUUUCUACCCUGCUGACAUCACCCUGACCUGGCAGAGGGAGGAGGAGGAACAGACCCAGGACAUGGAGCUGGUGGAGACCAGACCUUCUGGGGAUGGAACUUUCCAGAAGUGGGCAUCUCUACUGGUACCUUCUGGGGAGGAGCAGAAAUACACAUGCCAUGUGCACCAUGAGGGGCUGCCUGAGCCCCUCACCCUGAGAUGGGAGCCUCCUCAGUCCACUGUCCCCAGCAUGGCAGUCACUGCUGUUCUGGUUCUCCUUGGAGCUGUGACCAUCAUUGGAGCUGUGAUGGCUGUUGUGAGGAAGAGGAAGGGAAAAGCAGGUGGAAAAGGAGGGAACUAUGCUCCAGCUCCAGGCAGGUACAGUUCCCAGAGCUCUGAAGUGUCUUUCCCAGACUGUCAAGGUGACACUCUGGGACCUGAUAUGGGGUGUGGGAGGACAAAGUGCACAUGAAGGCAGCUGCCAGGGUUGGACGGAGUGACAGACAGUGUGUACAGGACUCUCCUGUGACAUCCAGGGCCUCUCAGUUCACCCUCACCAACAGUGACUGAUGUUCCCUGUGAUCUUAUGGACUCAAUGUGAAGAACUGGGAGCCCAGCCCAGCCCUGUACACCAGGACCCUGUCCCUGCACUGCCUGUGUUCCCUUCCAUGGCCAACCCUCCUGUUCCAGCAGACAGGAGGGGACAUAACAUCCUGUCACCUCCAUGAUGCCCUGACUUCCCUCCCGAAAAUAAGGAUCUCAAUUUGAACUUAAUUGUUCACGUCCUUGAUCUGACAGGUUCAUUGGCAGUUAAAUAAAUUAUUGAGACACUGAGAGGUUGAGGAGGAAAUAAAUGGCAGCAUGGAGAAA